AUGACCCAUGAAGCAACCAUCCGGAAAGGCAACUCUCUCAAAGAGGCCGCAAAGUUUCUCGGGACACCCGGAAUCAUAUCUCUCGGCGGCGGUUUACCAUCCAGCGAGUACUUCCCUUUCGAAGAGCUAUCGAUCAAGGUGCCCAAGAUCGGCCACUUCUCAGAAUCCGAGACAAGAGAGACCGGUGUGACCAUAACCGCAGGCAAGCACGACCUUGCUGAGAACAAAUCCAACUUCGACAUCGCCACUGCGUUCAACUACGGCCAGGGAUCUGGUUCAGCGCAACUUUUACGCUUCAUGACUGAGCACACUGAACUGAUACACGACCCGCCAUACCAAGACUGGAAGUGUACUAUGACGAUUGGAAGCACAUCUGCAACCGACAUGCUCCUCAGAAUGUUCGCCAGGCCCGGUGACAUGAUCCUAUCGGAGGAAUACACCUUUUCCGCUUUUGUAGAAACCGCGCGACCAAUGGGCGUACGCGUCUGCGGCGUCCCAAUCGACAAUGAAGGACUCCUCCCCGCAGAAAUGGACACCCUACUCACAAACUGGGAUCAGGCCGCUCGGGGAGCGCGAAAGCCCCAUCUCCUCUACACAGUCCCAACAGGCCAGAAUCCAACGGGAGCAACGCAAAGCGCAGAGCGCCGUCACGCUCUCUACAAAGUCUGCCAAAAGCACGACAUUCACAUCCUAGAAGACGAACCAUACUACUUCCUUCAAAUGCAACCCUACACCGGUCCCAACGCCCCCGCCGUCCCCCCACCAGCUUCCCACGCCGACUUCAUCAAAUCCCUCGUACCAAGCUACCUCUCCCUAGACACAGACGGCCGCGUGAUACGCAUGGACUCGUUCUCCAAAGUCAUCGCGCCCGGUUCGCGCAUCGGAUGGAUCACCGCACCCGCCGAAGUCGUAGAACGGUACUCCAAACACGCUGAUGUGUCGACGCAGAAUCCCGCCGGCAUGUCCCAACUCAUCCUCUUCAAGCUCCUAGACGAACACUGGGGCCACGCUGGGUAUCUCGACUGGCUCAUCCACAUGCGCAUGCAGUAUACAAACCGCCGCGACAUUAUCCUCUCUGCAUGCAGCAAGUACCUGCCCACAGAAGUCAUGAGCUGGAAACCACCCAUGGCAGGUAUGUUCCAUUGGAUGCAAAUUGAUUUCAGGAAACAUCCUAGUUAUCCGGAAAAGAGCAUUGAGAGUAUUGAGGAAGGUAUCUUUAUGCGGGUUAUUGAGCAUGGGGCGCUGGUUAUGAGGGGCAGCUGGUUCUACGCGGAUGCGGAGGAGACGCAUGAUACAUUGUUUUUUAGGGCGACAUAUGCGGCGGCGCCGGGGGAGAAGAUUGAGGAGGGGAUUCGGAGGUUGGGGGAGGCGGUUAGAGAGGAGUUUGGGUUGGGAAAGUAUGCUACAGAGGGUUGA